AUGGAGUCUUUUCAUCACCAGCCUCCUCCCACCUCAUUCGUCAAGCUUUCAUAUCCCGCACCUCAUGUCGUCCUGGUUACCAUGUCGCGGCCCGAGAAGCUGAAUUGCACCACGGCAGCAAAUGUUAUCGAAUUGACAGACGUUUUCCGCUGGAUCGACGAUGAGCCGACUCUCUUCGUCGCAGUUCUGACAGGCGCCGGUCGCGCGUUCUCAACAGGUGCAGACUUGAGUGAGUGGCAGCAGAAAGCCGACGCCCCCAACGCAAGGCCGGGAGCAGGUCCGGGAGACGUUCCCGGUGCAUUACCGCUGUCUAAUCGCCUGGGCAAAAAGCCGAUAGUUGCCGCAGUAAACGGCCUUGCACUAGGAGGUGGAUGCGAAACGGUGAUAAACUGUGACCUGGUCGUUGCAGCGGAUACUGCAUUGUUUGGCUUGGUAGAGGUUAAACGUGGGGUAGCCGCGUAUGCAGGAGCUCUUCCCAGAUUGAUUCGGACAAUCGGACUGCAACGUGCGAGCGAAUUUGCACUGACCAGAGCGUACAUCACCGCUCAACAGGCAGAGAACUGGGGCUUUGUCAACAAGGUUGUCCCUCAGGCGAAAGUCGUUGAAGAAGCAGUCAACUUUGCCAAAAUAAUCGCCGAGAACAGCCCGGAUUCCACCAUCUGCACCAGAGCCGGACUCAGAGAGGGCUGGGAAACGGCAAGUGUGGUACAAGCAACAGCGAUAACUGGGAGAAGAGAGUGGGCUGAGCUGCAAAAGGCAGACAACAUCAAGGAAGGCCUGAUGGCAUUUAAGGAGCGAAGGAAGCCAGUCUGGAAAGGAGCCAAGUUGUAA